AAAACAGAAUACAACAACACGGCCUCCUUUCUCUCUCCGUGCUGUGUCUCCAUACACACAACAUAUACACAUCAGACAUAACCAAGGCAGGGGGGGAAAAAAAAGAAAAAGAAAAAUAUUUAUAAAUUCAGAAUCAAUUCCGUCGCUGCAGCGAUUGAUGCUUCAAAGCACUCAGUCUUCUGAUUAUUAGCAGUGAUUUCAAUUCACGCAUUUUCUGUUACUUUCUGUAUACAUUUGCUCUUCGCAGGAAUAUACAUAGUAGUUUAUAUACAUUUAUAUAAAUAUGAUCAGGUAGGUUUGGUGGGGUUUGUCCUGGUGGCAAAUCCCGGAAGCUAUAGAGCAAUUCCUUGGAGGGAUUUUGUGGGUUUUUGGAGAAUUUUUGUGGGCUAGAGUUGUAUUUUUUAAUUUUGGAUUGUUUACUGAUUAUGCUAGACUUCAGGAUAACGGGUGAAUUUAGGGUUAGGGUUUUGGGAAUACGGGAGUAAAGCUGUAAAGGUAGGUUCCUCAUAGGUCGGGGGUAGAGGUAGGGUGUGUGGAGAAGGGAUGGUUUGGGGAGGUGGGUCUCCAAAAAUGGAGGCUGAGCUUGAAGAAGGGGAGGCUUAUGAUGAUGAUACAAGCAUCGAUCCUGAGAUAGCUUUUUCUUACCUUGAUGAGAAGGUCCAAAGUGUGCUAGGCCAUUUUCAGAAAUAUUUUGAAGGAGGAGUUUCUGCUGAAAACUUAGGGGCGAAGUUUGGUGGUUAUGGUUCUUUCCUGCCUACAUACCAACGCUCACCUUCAAUUUGGUCACAGCCAAAGAGUCCUCAAAGAGUUCAAAUUCACACCACAACAAAAUCUCCUAUGUGUAGGGAGGUACAUUGGCAAGUUGCUGUACAAAAUGCAACUGCUCCCCCUGAUCUGCCUUUGUCUCAGAGAAAUGGAACAGCUGCUAGCCGUGGAGUCCAUUUGUCACACGAAAAGGUGGUCCAGUCAGGAGACGGAUCGAGACAAGAUUCCUGCUUGUCUUCUGUCCAAGUUACUGAUAAAUUUCCCACAAGACGUCAACCAUCCACAAAUAAGUCACUUAAUCCAAGUGAUCAAAAACCACUGAAAUUUCGGAUCAAAGUCCCACAAAAGAAUGCUGCAAUCUACAGUGGUCUUGGUUUAACAUCUCCAUCUUCUUCGACGGGUAACAGUCCUGGAGGAAGUGGAGGAAAUCUAUUGGAAUCUCAAGAGACUUCUGAUGAAUCUUCGUCCUGCAUUCUUAAGAUGCUGACUUCCUUGACCAUUGCUGGGGGCCUGCUUCUUUCACCUCUUCAUACCACUUUUAUUAAUUUAAUAAGUAACAUACCAAUGGAAAGUAAUAAGCCUGAGGCCACGAUCAAGUUAAAGCAUAACCAUUCUACCACAUCUGUGGAUGAUUCCACCUCCAGGUUAAGCAAUGAGGUUCUACUGACAAGGAAGCAAAGCAAAGCUGUUGGGAAGAGUAAAAAAUAUAAUGAAUCAAAAUGCAGGAAUCAAAUGGCUUUUGAGGAUCAUAUGCUCUCCCGCUUAAAGGAAAACCCUGGAGCCGAGGUGCCGCAAAUCAAGGACUCAUUUAAGGACUCAGCUAAGGCGCUUGAAGCUUUUGGGGAGCAUGAAAAUGGUGCCACCUUAAAGAAGAGGAAGGAUACCAAGGACAAAGCCAAGGGCAGAUUGUCGGUGACUGAGCUGGUCAAGGAUGAGUCCUUUGGAUCAAUGUCUGGCCUAAGUGAUAGUAAGAUUGAGCAUCAAGAAGAUAAAAGCUGCUCAUUGGACUGGAUUACGAAAAACCACGUAAAAAGUUCCCAGAAGGAUGUUCCAGUUGAUAAACUUGAAGGCAUAGGGAACAAAGCUAACCAGGUUCCUGCUUCACUCAAAGCUGAUUCUGAUACAUCUCAAAGUGAAAGAGAUACUAAAGGGGGUAUUGAUCACUCGAUACAGAAAUUAAGUGCUAGAACUACCCAUGAAGAAGAUCAAUCAAGGAUGCCUGUAUCUGCAAAGAAGUUUUCAUCAGAAAGUAAAAAGAAGUUAAAGGGAGCUCAAGUUAGAGGAAAGCAGUUUGUGGAUUCAGCAGAAGAAAGUACAAGGGCUGGUAUUUCUGCUGUGGCGAGACAAAAGGCUACUAAGAGGGAUGCAAAUAAGGUUCGUGAUACCUAUAAAGAUUUGUUUGAGACAAACUCAGCACGAGUGGAUGUGUUGGAGAAUUCAUCUGUCAACAGAUUGAAGGACUCAAAUGUUGAGACUCUGAAAGAAAAGCAGCCAUAUGGUGAUAGACCAAAAGGGAAGCCAAGGGGUAGUAAAUUUGAUGACCAGGUGAUAUCUGAAACAUUACUGAAUGAUCCUCCAAUUGACAGUCUUCCUAUAAAUAAUGGGCCGACACUGGUCACAGAACAGGCUACAAUGGCUCUCAUAGAGGAAAAUUGGGUCCAAUGUGACCAAUGUCAGGCCUGGCGUCUCCUGCCUUAUGGUACAAAGCCUGAAGAUCUGCCGGAGAAGUGGCUGUGCAGCAUGCUGAACUGGCUGCCUGGAAUGAACCAUUGUGACAUUAGUGAGGAGGAGACAACGAAGGCUCUCUAUGCUUCAUAUCAGUUUCCUGUUUUAGAGAACCAACAUUGGAUUCAAAAUCAUGCUGAUAGGCCUGCAACUGGAGCACAUGCAGUUGACGUACAGCUCCUAAAUCAGAGCCACCAGAAUGUUGGUUUUGAUUACAAGGCUAGUGGAAGAAAGAAGGCUCAUAAAAUAAAAGAAACAUCUUUUACUGGCAGCAAGGGAAAAAACUUUGAACAGGAUCUGGUGAAAAGGGGAAGUUCAAAAGAUAUGAAGCAGUCUUCUUUGGGAGUUAAACCAGUUAAUAGAUCCAUUACUGUGUCAGAAAUUGCAGUGGAAAAGCAUUCGAAUAGACAGAAACAGAAGCAUGUAACUGGAGGUGAUGUAAAGCUAAAGAAGAAAAGCAAAAGAGAGACUGAUAGGCAUGAAAUUGAGCCUUCAAAGAAGAGUAAAACUGCUUCUGCAGCGAAGAACAUCCAGGCUUCUGCUGCAUGCCUCGGCAGGUCAGGCAUCAAGUCAAAAACUAUUUUGCCAACAUUGGCACCUACAGAAAACCGAAAUCCCAGUGAAUGUGAUUAUCCAAAAGAGGAGGAGAGGAAUGGUUUACAAACUUCUCUCAGGAAACCAAGUGAACGUGCAUCAGGUUUAUUGGGUAAUGGAUAUGUGGAUAUGAUGGGGAAAUCCAAUAGUGGGGAGAUAUCCUUAAAGAAGAGAAAACUGAGGGAUUGGCAAAGUUCUCAAAAUAAUGCAGAGACACUUCAAAAUGAUGGAAGUCAACUCCCUGACAGAAAUUUGCCUGCGAAGGAGGAGAGCAGUGACAGUGGAUUCAGGAGGGACAAGAAACUUCGGGUGUCUCAGAUUGAUGGGAAGGAGUCCAGUAGAAGUAAGUCUAGUGCUGAAUUGAAAAGAAAAGACAUGAACACCAGAAUGGUUCCAUCGGCUUGUAAUAAUACAAUUGACAGAAAUUUUGAUAAGCCAAAGCAGUUAAACAAAUGCAGAGUAAAAAUUACAUCUCAACUGACCAUGGAGGAUUUGGAGUCGUUGAAAAAGGAUUUGGGAUGUGAACCAGUGUUAACAGCUGCCACAUCAAGCUCAUCAAAGGUUUCUGAUUCCCGUAAAAAGAGAAACAGUUAUCAAGGAGUGAAUGGUUCACCAGUUGAAUCAGUUUCUUCAUCUCCCAUGAGGAUGUCCAGUCUGAACAAAUUGUCUCCAGAAAAAUUGGAUGGUUUUGAGCUGGAUGAUGUCAAAGUAGGUGGUUUUCCCAUAAAAGGAAGCCCCAGAAAAGCUGUGGAUGGGGAUGUUAAUAAUGUGACCAAGAGAUCUGGGAUAGCUAAGAAGCGGAAAAAUCCUGAUGUUCUCAAUCCUGAGUUAGCUGAAAACCAUAUGCUCGACUUUCGGAAAACUGAUGCUAGAGGCAAAUUGGGUGAGGAAUGUGAACUUGGUGGUAGACCACCUUCACUUUUUGGAAAUGGUUAUCUAGAUAAUGAUCAUCUUGACAUCUUGGAGAGUCAUAGCACAUAUCUGACUGAUAGGCAUGCUUCAGAACCUUUUUCUGUCAAAGACAGGAUUGGCAAGGACCAGCAUAAUACUGUCUUACCCCAAAAGAAAUCUCGAAAGGCUUCCUCUCUGCUGCCCAAGGACAAAGGCAGGAAUUUUGGUUUGGAUUCUGAAGAUGCAGUAGAGAAUGUCUCUGAUCUACCAAAUGAUCGGGGAGACUUAAACCCAAAGACAAGUUCAAGUGUAGACACAGGUAUUGAUCAAAAUCACGUUGCAGCUGAAGGUGUCUUGCUGGGUGAUGUGAAACAACCUUUUGUUGAUCAGUCUGGAGUUCAAUCUGUUAAAAGUAACAAGAGUAUUAGCAAGAGAGAGUCAAGAAAAUUGCUUGAUGGCAGUCUAGAGAACCUAUUGCAACCUAAAGGGCACAGGAGAUCAGGUGUCAAUUUAGGUGAUCCUUGCAGCAAGGAUGCAAAUAACCUCAUGCAACAAGACCUAAUCAAGGGUUCUGAUGCAUUGAGGAGCAAUUCAGCUUUGAAAGCUCGUAGUGAUGCGAAGUCGCUGAUUGACCAUCAUCCUGAAGAUGAACAUGAGGUGCUACCUUUUGCUAGCAAACCUGCUCCGGGAACCCAGAAUGGAAGUCUAUUGCAAGUACCAGGUCAUGAUGUUUCCAUCCGCACUUAUGCAUCAGAGGUUUCAAAAGAUCAUCGCAAUAUCAUUCACCAUAAUGAACCUCAUCAGGCCAUGGGCAGUACUGCUUCUGGUCGAUCUGUAGCAUGGGAUCUCAGUGGCCCGAGUCUGGAAAGAAAGGAUGCCGCUAGGUUGACCGCACCUUUAGAUGUGCUAAAAGAAGCCGAAGGCCUUAGAAAUGAUGCGGAUAAUAUCAAGGACUCAGGAUUUAGUUUUGAAUGUAAUGAGCUAUACUUCCAAGCAGCCUUAAAAUUUCUUCAUGCUGCUUCUCUUUUGGAGAGCAACUUUGAGAAUAGCAAACCUGGAGAGAUGAAUCAAAUGCAGAUUUAUGGUAGUGCUGCAAAACUUUGCGAAACCUGUGCCCAUGAAUAUGAGAGACAGCAGGAAAUGGCUGCUGCUGCUUUAGCUUAUAAAUGCAUGGAGGUUGCUAAUAUGAGGGUGGUUUACUGCAAAAAUACUAGUACGAAUCGGCUGUGUCGUGAUUUACAAGCUAGUUUGCAGAUUGUUCCCCAAGGUGAAUCUCCUUCAUCUUCUGCAUCUGAUAUUGACAACUUGAACAAUCAAGCAUUGGUGGAAAAGGCUUCCUUGGCUAAAAGCAAUGGUUCUCAUUCUGGGAAUCACGUUAUUGCUCCUCGAAACCACCCAGGCUUUUUCCGGCUGCUUGAUUUCGCAAAAGACGUGAAUUCUGCUAUGGAAGCUACCAGAAAAUCCCAAAAUGCCUUUUCAGCUGCAAGUGUGAUACUUGAAGAAUCUCAAAACAAGGAGGGCAUUGCUGCUGUUAAGAGGGUUAUUGACUUCAGCUUCCAGGAUGUAGAGGAACUUCUACACUUAGUGCAGAUAGCAAUUCGGGCCAUUAGUCGGCAAGGUUUCAUUCGCAGUAGAGAUUGAGUCAAACAUUGUACAUGACAUAUUUUGGCACUUCCAGUGUUGCACAGGCAUGCCUCUGGGAACGAGAAGCAUGUGUAGCGUCCUGCACUUGCAUUUUGGUGAAGAGACGGAAUCGUCAGCCUGUUUACCAUCCUGUACAUGUGUAAAAAGUGGGAUUAUUUUAUUUAUUCCAUGAUAUAAAAUUUUGACUUCUCAGUUUUCUUUUUAUUAAUUUUUUUAAAAAAAAUUUUCAACAAGAUAAGGGCACAAGCAUGCUCACCCUUGAAUUAGUGGGGUUGGGAAGUAGAAAUGUAUAACUUGUAGUUGCUUCAAGGAAAAGCUAGAGUGCAAUUUUGACAUGUGUAAGAGGAAGGCAGUUGUUUAGAGAUUGAGAACAGUUAGUGAAAUGCGGAGGCUUUUUACAGAUAUAACUAUGACCUGUCCUGUCCAGUCUAAUUAUGGACAUUAUGCCUAUAUUUUUUAUUUUAAAUGUGAUACAAGGACCGUCUUUGUGGAGGCUGUCUGGUGCAGUUGUAAUUUUAGCAGUCUCUGCUCAAUGGUGCUGAUGAAUACAACAUAGUAUAUAUCUUCAUG